AUGCUGAGUAAACGCUCCUCGCACAAGAGGUUUCCUCUGCAUACAGGAUACGUGCUAACGCUCGUGAUACUCUGCUUUGCCGCUUACUGCGUGUUUGUACCGGGGACUCUGCCGGCAAGCAAGAGAUCAUCUAAGGGGAUUCUGGAUCAAAAGUCCAAGAGCACAUUCAAACUAAAGUCCAUUUACAGACAUGGUGUUGGAGUCAACCACCGCUGGCACCAGAGACUAGAGGUGACCCCGGAGUUCAUCUCCAAGGCUGGAACUCUGUACCAGGAAACUGCAGUCCAAAUGCAAGGAAACGAGGGUUCAGAGCCCUUGUGGACUAAUAAUGCCGAGUACGCCACUUCCAACCCAUUUGGCGUUGAGCUUGCAUUGGGGAAAGUGCCACUGACGCUGAAGCGCAUGAAGCAGAGGGAUCCGGAAUAUAUGGAAGCAUAUAUAUCCGGAGAGACAUACAUGUCGGAAGCCGAGGCACACGCCAUGUGGAUAGAUGAUGACGUUGUGGCUCCCAACAUUACUGAUAGAGAUACGGUUAUUUCCUUGGCGUUAAUGUCGUCUAACGCGUAUGUGAGAAUACCGCAAACAGGGGACUGGCGCAACGUGACACAACCGUGGAAUGAAACAGAGCCUGAAGAUUUUGGCUGGGAUGGUGAUGGUAUCCGUGGCCAUGUUUUCUACAACGAACUAGAAAACAUCGUAGUGCUUUCAAUAAAGGGGACCAGUGCGCAAGGUUUACCGGGGUCUGGUGAAGACGAAACCACGGGAAACGACAAGGUCAACGACAACCUGCUGUUUUCAUGUUGUUGUGCAAGAGUGAGCUACCUAUGGACCACCGCGUGCGACUGCUACGUGAAGUCGUACACAUGUGAUGAGUCGUGUCUGGAAAAGGAGCUCAUACGUAAGGAUAGAUUCUACUCUACGAUCAUCGACAUAUACAAGGGCGUUCUGGAAGAAUAUCCUGACUCCGCCAUCUGGGUCACAGGCCAUUCGCUGGGUGGUGCAUUGGCCAGUCUACUAGGCCGCACGUUUGGAUUACCGGCGGUGGCCUUCGAGUCUCCGGGCGAGUUGCUAGCUUCCAAGAGGCUGCACCUGCCAUUCCCACCAGGACUACCCUCAUACAUGGAGGGCAUAUGGCACUUCGGCCACAACGCAGACCCAAUCUUCAUGGGCACGUGCAACGGAGCCAGUUCUAGCUGCUCGUUGGCGGGAUACGCCAUGGAAACCGCGUGCCACACGGGCAGGGUCUGCAUCUACGAUGUGGUCAACGACAAGGGCUGGCGUGUCAACAUGUUCAACCACAGAAUACACAAGGUCAUCGACGAAGUUCUGCUUGGUUACGAACAAGCUGCCAAGUGUGUGGAGCCAGAGCCGUGCGUUGACUGCUACAACUGGAACUUCAUCCCGAGCAGAGACUGGGUGUCCUCGUCAGGGCUCGUCACAAAAACUAGGAGCUCUGUCACACCCACCCCGACCACUCGCACCACCACCAUCACCACCUCUUCAUCCUCCUGCGUCGGUCGUAACUGGCUUGGCUUUUGCACCAAAUACGACUUGUAA